CAGAUACGGACUCUUAUACGUCGUCUGAGCCGAUUCAGUAUCACUUUGUAGAAUUGACUCUGCAGAAUCGAGUUUGGUAUCGACUCACAGCCUUCCCACAAUGUACUACAGCAGAAGAGAAAUAAAUAAUGAAAGCUGACAGGACUAGUCAAGCUAUCUGCGAGCGAAUCGUUGAGCUGGCUGUCAAAUGCAGUUUACCCAUGCUGACAGAAAACAGAAAACGCCAUUACAGCUGCAAUGAUGAGGAGGAAGAAACUCUGCAUCAGGCUAAGAGAACGCCAAGCAACCCUCUGGGCCAUGAUGUUUGGGACAUGAAUUCCUCCAGCAGUGAAAGCAGUGGCAUAAGCAGUCCAGAGCGGUUGUCCGGAGCUGGAACCAUAAUCCAGACCACAGAGCACAUGGAAAAGCACUUUCUGCAGGAUUCCUGUAGCCCUUGCAGCACUCUUCACUUUGAUGACAAGCCAAACUUGUUCCUGGGCAAAACUAAGGACUCUUAUUAUCAAGUCAACUGCAUCCUUAGAGAAGCCCACUUCAGUAGUCUAAAAAUUCAUGGCCAGCAAAGGCCAACUUGACAACUAUUGGCUGCCCUAAAACCAAUAGCAAAAAGAGGCAGUGCACUGGGAUUCUCUCCUGGCACUUUCCUUUUUUGUCCUACGGCUCAGCUGCUUCGGCCUUCUUUUUAUCAUUUUGUGUAAGGUUUGGUUCGAGUGCUAUACUAAAAAAAAACAAGACAACAUUACAAGCUUACAUCAUGCACUGUUAUUUAUAUUACUCAACCUGGCAGAGGUCAUGGUGCUAUAUGCUAUAUGUUUACAUUAACAUUGUUAAAGAGAGUUUUGCACUGGGAUAUGUUCUGUUGUAAAUGCACCUUAUUAGCAAAGUAAAAAAUACAUUAAGACAUUAUGCAUUUUUUAUUGCAUUAUUUGUACUUAAGGC